AUGAAUAUCGUGCAGCCAAAUGUCCAAGAAAUAUCGAUAACAACCAUCGACUGGCAAAAUGCUGAGCCGUACACUCAGUCGUUUGUCAAACGACUUGAAGAGCUCGUAUCGUCCAGUGAAAAUAUGAUUGAAGACGAUAAGAUUGCGACUCAGAAAGUUUUGUACUCGAUUCACGAUUCACUGAAGCAAAAGCAUUUAGAAAAGGACCUUGUGAAUAUAUAUGAAUGGGUGAAAACACAACCGAUGGUAGCUAAAAUUGGAGGCGAGCUAGGGAAAAUUGAUGCACAGGAACGCUUAAUCAACGAGAUCCAGAAAUCAAAGACGCCUUUGACUCCACAAAAACUUGCAAACUCAAUCCACGUUUCAAUCGAAGGACCAAAUCCUGCAUUUCUUCAGUGGCUUCGAUAUUGCCAAUCUUACCCUGUUGUGGCUAGAGAUCAAGAUGGAAAUUCCAUCUUAAUUCGUGAUGAGUCACUUUGGCAGAUGGUCAUUGACGUGGUAACACCGAAGGUUUCUGUCGACAGUAUGGUAUCGUUGUUUUACUCAGUUCAAGAAGUUCCGGGUCUAGAGAAAUUUGCUGACGAAAUGGUGAGUGUAGCCCGACAACACCAAAAUCAGGUGUGGCUGGCGAAUGAUGUGUCGGCAGGUCAUGUGUUUGAGAAGAUAGAAAAGGAGACGACAAAGACCGGAAUUUCUCCACUGAUCCAAUGGCUUCGAUACAUUAAUAUGCUCGAGGCGAAAAACAAUUGUAUUGUUAAGUUGGAAGAUCUCAAAUAUGAAGAGGCGGGGUAUAUUUUCGACGUAGAGGUAAAAGAUAGUUCACAUUUGAAUUUAAAUCACGGCGCAAGCUUUGAACAAGUCAAGGACGUUCCUGAUGUCAAGUUAAUAGCUGAAAGACUUCAGUCAGAAGUUUUUGACAUUUGGAUUAAACUCAACAAGACACCAGAGAAUCUUUUUGAUGCAAAACAUCUCGUGGCGAUGGAUGACUUCAACACUGACAACUUUAAACGCUUACGAAAGAGUUUCGCGGAUUAUUAUGCUGAUUGGCUUCUACGUGGCAAAAAAGACUAA